CCACCACAGCAGCAGCCCAGUCAGUGCUGCGCCGACGCUGGUGGAGAGCAGACGCCCUGCGCAUGCGUCGUGCCCCUCGUUGUCCUGUGCGCGUGCGUCGUUAGGCCCUUGGAUUACUGACCUCCCCCUGUGAUGUGAGUGUGUGUGUGUGCGUGCAGUGCUUUGUGUUGUGACCGGGCCCGGAUUAUGCCCUGAUCGUUUGACCGCUGCUGCGAUUGGAUUCCCGAUGGUUGCCAUGGCCGCCCCGUGGUGGCCGCUGGUGGUGCUCGCGGUGAUGGCGGUGCGUGCCCAGGACGUGGACCCGCCGCCGUCCACGUCCUCGCCGGGCGCCGGCGACCCUUGCUACGACGAGUCGGGCGCGCCGCGCCGCUGCAUCCCGGACUUUGUGAACGCGGCCUUCGGCAAGCCGGUAGAGGCGAGCUCCACGUGCGGCGAGGCGGGCCCCGUGCGCGUCUGCGACACCCAGGGCGGCUGCCAGGUGUGCGACGACACGCACGCGCGCCGCCGCCACCCGGCCGCCUUCCUCACCGACCUCAACAACCCCGCCAACGUGACGUGCUGGCGGUCCGAGCCGCAGCCGCCGCCCGCGUCCAGCUCCGCGCCGCCGGACAACGUGAGCCUCACGCUCAGCCUGGGCAAGAAGUACGAGCUGACGUACGUCAGCCUGCAGUUCUGCCCGCGCGCCGUCAAGCCCGACUCGCUGGCCAUCUACAAGUCCAUGGACUAUGGCAAGACGUGGCAGCCGUGGCACUUCUACUCGUCGCAGUGCCGCCGCGUGUACGGCCGGCCCAACCGCGCCACCAUCACUCGCGCCAACGAGCAGGAGGCCCUGUGCACCGACGCGUCCUCCGCCUCCUCCAGGAUCGCGUUCAGCCUCCUGGAGGGCAGACCCUCCGCCGCGGACUUUGACUACUCGCCGGUGCUGCAGGACUGGGUCACCGCCACCGACAUCAAGGUCGUCUUCAACCGCCUCAGCUUCCCCAAGAGUAAAGAUGCCGUGGACGAGGAUGACGACGACGACGACCUCCUGGAGGACGACCCCUUCCUGGACGACCUGCCCAAGAAGGACCCCGUCCACGGGCGCGUGGCGCACCCGCACAAGUACGCGAGGGUGCCGCACCUGGCGGCGCACACGAGCCUCCCCGCCGCGGACGAGGCGGACGCCGACGACGACCUGGACGAUGACGACGACCUAAGCAACAUCCUGGAGGCGACCCCCGAGGCGCCCUCGCACGGCGGUGCAGCGGGGCCCGGCGCGUCGUCGGUGGCCUCCACUUCCAUGGUGGCGGCGGGCUACGCCGUCAGCGACCUGUCCGUCGGCGGCCGGUGCAAGUGCAACGGGCACGCGUCGCGCUGCACGGCGACCGGCGGCCAGGGCGGCCAGCCGGGGCAGCUGACGUGCGAGUGCAGGCACAACACGGCGGGCCGCGAGUGCGAGCGCUGCAAGCCCUUCCACUUCGACAGGCCAUGGGCCAGGGCCACCGCCAAGGACGCCAACGAGUGCAAAGCGUGCAACUGCAACGGCCACGCGCGCAAGUGCCGCUUCAACAUGGAGCUGUGGAAGCUGUCGGGCCGCGUGUCCGGCGGCGUGUGCCUCAAGUGCAGGCACUUCACCGCGGGCCGCCACUGCCACUACUGCCGCGAGGGCUACUACCGGGACGCCUCCAAGCCCAUCACGCACAGGAAGGCCUGCAAACCGUGCGACUGCCACCCGAUCGGCGCCUCGGGCAAGACGUGCAACCAGACGAGCGGCCAGUGCCCCUGCAAGGACGGCGUGACGGGGACCACCUGCAACCGCUGCGCCAGGGGCUACCAGCAGAGCCGCUCGCACAUCGCGCCCUGCGUCAGGAUCCCGAAGGUGUCCGUGAUCCAGGCCGAGGCCGCCGCCGUGGACGAGGACGAGGAGGAGCCCGCCAGCGAGGAGACGGAGACUGCAGACCGCUGCGGGAAGUGCACGGCGAGCAGCAAACGCCUGAACCUCAGCAAGUACUGCAAGCGUGACUACGCGCUCAUGGGCGAGGUGGUCGGGCGCGAGGCGGUGUCGGGCGACUGGGUGCAGUACACCCUCGCGGUGCACAGCGUGUUCAAGAAGUCGAGGGAGUCCCGCCUGAGGAGGGGCUCACUGUCGCUGUGGGUCCGCGUGAGCGACCUCAACUGCAACUGCCCCCGCAUCCACACGGGCAGGUCGUACCUGAUCCUCGGCCAGGAGGAAGACAUGGCGUCGGGAUCGAUCCGGCCCGGCCUCACCGCCGGCCGCCGGUCCGUCGUCAUCGAGUGGCGGGAGGAGUGGCACGUCAGGAUGCGGCGCUUCCAGCAGCGCUCCAAGAACUGCCCCUAGUCCAGGGCCCGGAGGGGCUGCAGCCGGGCAUGUGUGUGACCAUAGUGCCAGAGACGGAAGGCCGACAGAGGCCAGUUGCCUGGCUGUGAUGAACAACAACUUUCUAUAUACGUACUAUUUUCCCUUUGACAAUGAAAAAAUUUCAACAACAGAAAAUAAACACGCGAAUCUUAAUAAUUUAAGAUUAGAAAAAUGAAAUUAAUAAUGUGGUUUGUAAAGAGAAUCUAUGGAAACUGUAGAUAUGAGUAAUUGUCAUGUGUAAAAUUUGUGGUGUGAGUGCUGGUAUGAAUGAGAGGUCAAGUUUUAUGUACAAAUUUCAUAAGGUGUUGUAAAUAUUGUGAAUGAAUGAAUAAAGUAUGAAUGGAGGAAUGAAUGAGAAUACUUAUUUAUUGUAUUUUUAAAGUUUUCUGGUGUUCUUUUACAAGUACGUAGAUAGAUGCCAUUAGUGUUACUAUACAACUUACAACUGAAGUAAUCAGUUCGUGUUCAAAAAAAAUAAUACUAAUGUUGAAAUUACUGAGUAAUUGAAGUCUGUGUUAUUUAGAUUGAUUCAAAUAAGAUACCAAAGUACCAAUUUAAUGGUGCUACAGCACACUUUUUAUUUUGUAACAUCAUUAAUUCAAGUUCCUUCUCUGCAGACAAGCAGCAUACCUGUUACUGAUUUAUGUUGCUUCAAUUAGAAAGUUCCUCCAACUUUAUGAAAGCAUCUCAAUAUGGAUGUCUCAUUCCAAUUUGUGAAUUAAAGAGUGUAAAACUAG